AUGGUGCAGCACAUAUCAGAGACCGUCGCCAAAGACGAGGGAAGGCUCAAACAAGAGGUCCAGAGACUGUUUGAUGAUCAAACGAAGCUCCUAGAUGAAACACAAGGGACUGGAAGUUACUAUGUGCCGGGCGUACAUUAUACAGUUUGCGGGGUGUUUGUCAUUGUUCAGAGCGGUUAUGGAGCUGUGAGGGUACUCGGCAAGGAUCAAACUCUGCAUGAGAAUGUGAUCACAAGCCCUAACGAGAAGGAGCAAUACUGUAUUAUCAUGGUUGAACCAGGGCAAGAAUGCGGGAUCCUAGGAAAGCCAUCUUAUCGUCUCAUAAUCCGUUAA